AUGGGCGGCGGCGACGGGGCCGCAUUUAAGCGGCCGGGGGACGGCGCCCGCCUCCAGCGCGUCCUCGGGCUCGGCUCCCGCCGGGCGCCCAGCUCUCUGCCCUCUGGGGGCCCCGCGCCGCCCCCGCCGGGCCAUGCGAGCGCCGGCCCCGCCGCGAUGAGCUCGCACAUCGCCAAAAGCGAGUCCAAGACGUCGUUGCUGAAGGCGGCGGCGGCGGCGAGCGGGGGCAGCCGGGCUCCCCGCCACGGCCCUCCCCGGGAGCCCGGUCUGCCCGGCCGCCGGCUGCACGGCGCCUAUCCCGGCACACCGCCGCCGCCCGGGGACCCCAGUUCGCGGAGGCCCCUCUGCCGGCCGGCCCCGCGAGAGGAGGGCGUGCGGGGGAACCGGCGCGGGCUCCCCUCGGCGCACAGCAGGCCCCGGGAGGCGCUGCCGGCCGUGGCGCCCCGACCUUCGCCGCCCUCGCCGCUGCCGCCGGCCCGCGGGCGGGACGGGGAGGAACGGGGACUGUCCCCUGCGCUCGGCCUCCGGGGCUCUCUGCAAGCCCCGCGCCGCGGGGAGUCCGCUCCAGCCGCCGUGUCCGAGGCGGACCCGUUCCUCCACCGGCUGCGUCCAAUGCUCAGCUCCGCCUUCGGCCAGGACAGAUCAUUGCGACCAGAGGAGAUUGAAGAGCUCCGAGAGGCCUUCAGAGAAUUUGACAAGGACAAGGAUGGCUACAUCAACUGCCGGGACCUGGGCAACUGCAUGCGCACCAUGGGCUACAUGCCCACUGAGAUGGAGCUCAUUGAGCUGUCCCAGCAGGUCAACAUGAACCUGGGUGGCCAUGUGGAUUUUGAUGACUUUGUGGAGCUUAUGGGACCUAAACUCCUGGCAGAAACAGCAGAUAUGAUCGGAGUAAAGGAACUGCGAGAUGCUUUCCGAGAGUUUGACACUAAUGGUGAUGGGGAGAUAAGCACCAGUGAGUUGCGAGAAGCCAUGAGGAAGCUCCUGGGUCAUCAGGUGGGACACCGAGACAUAGAGGAAAUUAUCCGAGAUGUGGACCUCAAUGGGGAUGGACGAGUGGACUUUGAAGAGUUUGUCAGGAUGAUGUCCCGCUGAGUUGGCGAGGGCGCCUCCGGGACUGCCAAGCUCCGAGAGGUGGGGAGAAGAGGAGCCAGAGCACGCCUCACCCUGCCGCAGCCGCCGAGAGCCCAGGAUGGACUGGCGGAUGGGGCCUGCCUGCAACUGGGGGAGGUGACUACCCCGGACCCCAACCCCUCCGCACUGUGAAAGACUCACAACUCUUGCAACUGGAAAGGGGGCGCCUGCCAAUGAGGAGGCCACAGUGCCAAGCUGGCCGAGGUCAUGCCAGGCGCCAAGUGCCAUGAGCCGCUGAUGGCUGGGUGGGCCAGGGAGCCCACCAGCAGACCCCACACAGCAUGUCUGCCCUGGGGCAAAGCCUCGCUGCCCUUCAUAGCUCGGUGCCCGUCCCAGCUCGCCUCAGCCCUGUUAUCUCA